GAAUUAUUAUAUAAGAGUGCACGAAUUGUAUAGACGAUUUAUUUGUACGUCGCAUUCACCUCAAUCACCCACACUAGCCACCUCAUAUAUCGUGAUCAUGUGUGGAAUCUUUGCUUAUAUCAACCAUCUUACACCAAAGACCCGUGAGGAAAUCAUUAGAACUCUUACAAACGGUCUAGCCCGUCUCGAAUACAGAGGAUACGACUCUGCGGGUAUCGCCAUCGAUGGCGACUUUAACGAGAGUGGUGAGAUUGCUACAAAGCUUAUCAAGGCCAAAGGUAAAGUUGUAAACACACUUAACCGUGCUCUAGAGGAGACUGAGCUUGACCUCGAGGAGGAGUUUCAGUGCCAUGCAGGUAUUGCACACACUCGUUGGGCCACUCACGGAGAGCCCUCGGACGUUAACUCUCACCCCCACCCCUCGUCACUCGACUGCCAGUUUAGUGUAGUACACAACGGUAUCAUUACUAACUACAGAGAGCUCAAGAAGUUCCUGCAGACCAACGGCUACAAAUUUUUGUCGGAAACCGACACUGAGGUCAUUGCCAAGCUAAUCCAGUACUUCUACGACCAGGACGAGACCAAGCAAUUGUCCUUCCGCCACUUAGUAGAGCAGACUGUGCACGAGCUUGAGGGAGCAUUUGCGCUGGUGUUCAAGUCGUCUCACUUCCCCAAUGAAGCUGUAGCUUCACGUCGUGGUUCACCUCUACUGGUUGGUGUACGCUCCAGUCAGCCUCUACGUGCUGACACCAUCAAUGUUAUUGUAGGUGACGAGCAGGUCAAUCCCGCAAACAUUGAUUUGAUCGGUGUGUCCUCAAAUAACUUGCCUCGCAUGCUGUCCAGCUCUGGACGUAUGAGUUCCAUGUCUAACUUGCAGCUUGCUGACGGAGAUACCACCUCCAUCGAGUUCUUCCUCUCGUCUGAUGCCAGUGCCAUCAUCGAGCACACCAAGCAGGUGAUCUACUUGGAGGACAAUGAUGUAGCUCACUUCGUUAUGGGUGAGAUCACCAUCCACCGUGUCAAGCCUGAUGCCGACUUGAGCUCUAGCCGUCCUAUUAAGACCUUGGAGAUUGAAAUGGCCCAGAUCAUGCGCGGCAACUUCACAUCUUUCAUGCAGAAAGAGAUCUACGAGCAGCCCGAGUCUGUGGUCAACACCAUGCGUGGACGUGUCAAUUACGAAGACCACUCCGUACACCUGGGAGGUCUUGUGCGUGACAUGACCACCAUCAGACGCUGCCGCCGACUUAUAUUCAUCGCAUGUGGUACCUCUUACCACUCUGCUCUUGCUGUGCGUGCUUUCUUGGAAGAAAUGACUGAGAUCCCCGUGUCCAUCGAGCUGGCCUCUGACUUUAUGGAUCGACAAACACCCAUCUUCCGUGACGAUGUCUGUGUGUUCUUAUCCCAAUCCGGAGAGACUGCGGAUACCCUCAACACUCUGCGCUACUGUAAGACCCGUGGAGCCCUUAUUGUGGGUAUUACCAACACGGUUGGCUCUACCAUCUCGCGCGAGUCUGACUGUGGUAUCCAUCUGAACGCUGGACCCGAGAUCGGUGUAGCGUCUACCAAGGCGUACACGUCGCAGAUCAUCGCAUUGACCAUGAUGUCCAUUAGCAUGGCCUCCGAUAGCGUUGCCAAGACGGGUCGUCGUGAGAAGGUUAUCAAGGCAAUGAAGGAGAUGCCGCAGUUGAUUGAGGAAGUGCUCAAGCUGGACACCCAGAUCGAGGAGCUUUCUAAGCAGUUUGCGACCGAGCGAUCCCUGCUGGUCAUGGGCCGCGGUUACCAGUAUGCCACGUGCCUAGAGGGAGCUCUGAAGAUUAAGGAGUUGACCUACAUCCACUCGGAGGGUAUCCUCAGCGGUGAACUUAAGCACGGUCCUCUGGCUCUGAUUGACGAGGACAUGCCUGUGGUGAUGAUCGUCAUGAACGACUCCACUCUGGAUAAGUCGCACAAUGCGCUUCAGCAGGUGCAUGCGCGUGGCGGCCGUCCCAUUGUUAUCUGUACACCCGAGACUGAGGCUGGGGUGAAGGAGUUUGCAUACAAGACCAUCUGCAUCCCAUCCAUUGUGGAUUGCUUGCAGAGUAUCUUGACUGUGAUCCCCUUGCAGUUGAUGUCUUACCACAUUGCCGUGCACAAGGGCUUGGAUGUCGAUUGCCCUAGAAACUUGGCCAAGUCUGUGACUGUCGAGUAGAUGCUAGUAUAUGAAAAUAUUUUUAAUAUUGUA